AUGGAUUCGGCUAACUCCGAAGGAAACAAUCGUCAAGAAAAUGGAACUGAGAAUGACGACGGUGGUUCCUGCACCGACGAAACCUCGCCGUCGAAUCAAUCAAAAAGAACCGUUAGGUUAAAGAAAUGGAAGAGAAAUUCUAAGCGAGGUGAUUCUGGUAGCGACGGAGAGGAAUCUGUAGGGAAUGGAAUCAAUAGAAGUUGCAAUUCGGAUUCUAGGGAUUUGAGUGUGCCUGAAUCAGAGAACAGUGAUGAUGAUUUGAAUAGUGAUGCACGUGACACGGAGGUUCAGCACGUGACUGAAAAUGAAGAUGAUGAGGAUCCUUUGACUGAGUGUGUUCAUACUCUUAAGGUUUUGGAGGGAGAACUUCAACAAGAAAUUAAAAAAUUCAGGGAGAUUGGGGAUGAAUUUUUCUCACCCGAUGACUCAACUGAGUUUAGAAGUGCUGCUGAAGCAAGUGUUGUUGAAACAAGUUCUGUUGAUCAAAGACUCCAUGACUCAUGCUCAUCUAGCCAUCCUGGUAAACAAAUUUCAUCAAGUUUCAUGGAGCUUCGGGUACUGCGCCUGCGCUUGACAGAAAAACUGAACAUUUUGGUAAGCCAGUUAGAAGAAUUGCAGGGUGAGCUUGCCCUUAAGAAUUCCUGGAUUGCGGAACUUGAAAUAGCCCUUACUUGUGAUGAGUUUCCUAAGGAAGAAUCUACUAGCACCAUAUGUUUAUUAGAUGAAAAAUUUAAAGAGCUGGAGUCUGAGCUUGAGAGUCUUCUUCGGCAAAAGAUUGAAGCCGAGGUCAAAUACCUGACCAUCAAAAACAUGAUGCAAACAAUGCAUGACAGUGAAGUGCAGAUUCUAAAUAAGGUUGAAGUGGCAGGUAAUGAGGAUCCAAACAGAACCGAGGAGACUUUUAUGAUUCAGAGCAGAUUAUGCAAGCUGACAUGUUACUUUUUCUUUCAGCUCAUCAUGUUGUUAAUGUUGGUUCUUUGGCUUGUGUCAAAGUUAGUGCCUGAUUCUGACGGGGUUGUGCCUACAUAA